CACUAAUAACGUCGGUCUAAUGCGCAUGCGCCCCCUGUCUUCACAUGAGGGAACUGCACUGACAUUCCAAGCCGAGUAUCUUUGAGUCGCUCUUCCUUGAGUCUCAUGCACUCAGCCAAUCUGAAUGCGCUGACGAGGAGAGGCAGGAUCCCAAUAUUUAACCCUCAGGGCACUGAUACAUCUACACCUGUCACUGACUGCUCCUCGUGAAGAACUAAUGCACUUUAUCUCCCUCUUCACAUACUGAAGAUAUCCACACACGGGACUGUUUUGUCAUUAUUUACCAGGACAUGCGCUUUAUCACGAACCUGUAAGGAUGCGACAGGACAUCUGCACCUCACCUGAAAAUAAAACACGCAACUAUGCCGAAAAGAAAUCUUCCUUGAUACAUCUGGAAACAUAGGUGCGAAAAUCUUCUUCUGCAUCCUGCUGUGAACAUGGAUCUCCCAUCAUAGCGAGGAUUACAGUUGGACACCACAUGCGCCCCUGAGUCUCUUUAUUAUAGCCUGUGUCAUAUUGUGGCAAGUGCUUUAGGUAGAAUUAUGAUCCUCUUCCGUAAAUUUCGCGUGUUGAUUUUAAUGGUGUUUCUCGUCGCCUGCACCAUGCACAUCAUGAUAGACCUGUUACCCAAGCUGGAGAAGCGCGCGGCGGGCUCGAGCUCCAGCGCUGGAGGUGGAGGCGGCUGCUCCUGCGCUCACACACCGGGCGAGGAGCCUCGAUCAUGGGCCAAACAGCGCCCCAGAGCCGCCGCCGCCGCCGCCGAACCGGGCUGGCCUAAUAAACACUCUUUGAGAUUACUGCAGGAUUUCAGCAAUGAACCCAACUCCAACCUCACUUCGCACUCACUGGAGAAGGUGACGGAGAGAGCCGAGUCUGAAAAGAGAGUGAGACAGCUGCAGCUGGGCUCGGAGGAGAGAGGUUUGAUGAGAGAUACAGCGAGCGGACAGAAGCAGAGAGCUGUCCAGGGUUCCUCCAGACUGAAGGCGCUCUAUGAGCAUCCCCUCUAUAAGCCCGACCUGCCUCAUCUCUCUGAAGAUGACAGCUUGUUCAACCUCAACAGUGAUGUCAGAUUCUACCCCAAAGCUGCCGGGCAACAAGAAUGGCAUAACGAGGGGAACGUGGAGGAGGAAGAGGACAGUCCGGCAGGGGAGGCCACUGGUGAGUCAUAUCCCAACUGGCUCCGCUUCCACAUCGGGAUUAACCGAUACGAGCUCUACUCCAGACACAACCCCGUCAUCGGUGCCCUGCUGAAGGACCUGGUCUCCCAGAAGAUCACCAGUGUAGCAAUGAAGUCAGGUGGCACUCAGCUGAAGCUCAUCAUGUCAUUCCAGAACUACGGACAAGCCCUGUUCAAACCUAUGAAACAAACCAGGGAACAAGAGACACCCCCAGACUUCUUCUACUUCUCUGACUUUGAGCGACACAACGCAGAGAUCGCUGCAUUUCAUCUGGACAGAAUCCUGGAUUUCCGGAGAGUUCCCCCGGUGGCCGGCAGGCUGGUGAACAUGACACAGGAGAUCCGAGACGUGACCCGUGACAAAAAGCUCUGGCGGACAUUCUUCGUAUCCCCAGCCAACAACAUCUGCUUCUACGGCGAGUGCUCCUACUACUGCUCCACAGAGCAUGCUCUAUGUGGGAAGCCCGACCAGAUCGAGGGCUCCCUGGCUGCAUUUCUUCCUGACUUGGCACUAGCUAAGCGCAAGACCUGGAGGAACCCCUGGCGCCGCUCCUACCACAAACGCAAGAAAGCUGAGUGGGAAGUGGAUCAGGAUUAUUGUGAUGAAGUCAAACAGACUCCUCCGUAUGACCGAGGCACACGACUUCUGGACAUCAUGGACAUGACUAUUUUUGACUUUCUAAUGGGCAACAUGGAUCGCCACCAUUACGAGACUUUUGAGAAGUUUGGAAAUGAGACUUUCAUUAUUCAUUUGGACAACGGCAGAGGAUUUGGAAAGCAUUCACAUGAUGAAAUGUCCAUCCUGGUCCCUUUGACUCAGUGCUGCAGAGUGAAGAGGUCGACGUACCUGCGGCUACAGCUGUUGGCUAAAGAGGACUUCAAGCUGAGCUCUCUAAUGGAGGAAUCGCUACUGCAGGACCAGUUGGCACCCAUACUCAUCCGGCCCCACUUGGAGGCCAUGGACCGCCGCCUGCGCCUGGUGCUCAAGGUGCUGGCCGACUGCGCGGAGAAAGAAGGCUUCUUAUCAGUGGUGGAGAAUGACCUGGAGGGACAGCCCUCCUCGCACCACCACCAGGCGCAUAGAGGGAGGUAGUGUUCCCUCCAGUCAAUUCCCCACCAUGAGCCCCACUGAGGCUUGUGUUCAAGUCACACUCUGAAUUCAGUGAAUUCCACACCACCAAUGCCUCUGAGGAGCCACCCUAUCAUAUGUGACGCAGCUGACACAGCUAUCAGAGGAACUCUGGGAUGAAGGAGUUGUUUCUGGAUGGCUUGUGUUUGAGCUGUGCUCGGAGCUGCAGUACAGACUUUUCUGUUGCAACCUGGUUUGUUCGACAAGUCUGCUGAUAUAAUUUAUGACAUUUGCAUAUUUCGAGUUGGCGAGUGUACAGAAGAGUUGGAACCAAAAGUUGGAACAGAUUUGAGUGUGGUUUUGGUACUCCGAUCUAUAUAUUCAAAUACACAACUGUUAUUUACUGUGCUCAUGAAGGUCUUCGACAUAAGGGCACGUAAACGAGCUUUAAUAGUAAUAGUACUACUGUGCGAGGACGCUUAAACACAUCCUUCCCUGUGCGUUCACAAUUCAACAUCAUUUCCUACCACUCAUCGCCUUCAGUCAUCGUGUCAUAUUCGGCUCAUUUGUUCUUUCACUUAGGGAAAUUCAGAGGUGAAGUGUGUGCUUCAUUUGAGGUUAUUCAGCAGUGAAGCACGUGUUUAAAUGUCUCCGCGGAGAACGAGAGAAUCACGCUGAUUGGUUCCUGUGCCCACAGUCAGUGUUUUUCCCAUCUCAGGCCUCAUGCUGAAUACACCUGCUUUCUCUUAAUGAGAACCUUAAGGAUCGGCUGAUGCUAUGCUAGCGUAAGUUCAUAAUGAUGUUAGUUGUACUUCACGCUGCAGGUUUCUCAUGUCUCCGCUGGUGGAGUGAUUUCAGUGCUUAAUUAUAGAGUAGGGCACAGGCUCGAGGGAAUGAAACAAACCAAUAGGAUGUGUAGGGGAACUGACACUGUGUCCUAAGAGGAAACAACCAGCAAAGUUAUUUCAUGUUAAAAAGAGUUUUUGUCCUAACCAGCUGACCAACGAGACCAGAGGAGUCGAAUCCUGUUUCUGGAGUUUCCAACAGUGAACUUUCACUGGUCCGAAAUCCUGCUUCCCAUAAUUGUGUAUUAUGUUGCGCUCCAUUCAGUCAGAAGUGGGAUCUGAUCUCUCAUCCGUUUCAUUGGUCAGUGUUCAGAACAUGACAUAGAAAACCAAAUGCUCUUGUUAGCUUUGCAGGUGUUCCAUGGUUACAUGAUGGCCACCAGUGUUCUGUGAUUAUUACCAGAGAGGAUCAAUCACCGUGUUUUACACACCUGUUUUACAUCUCCCUGUGUGCCGCAAUUUUUGUGUGAUCAUACACCCUAAUCUACUGUACACAAAUCUCCUUAAAGGGAUAGUUCACCCAAAAAUGAUAAUUCUGUCAUUAAUUACUCACCCUCAUGUC